AUGGCCGACAUUUCUUACGGGAGCCUGAAGCGGCACAUGGUGAUCCCUAAACUCGAGCCUAAUGAUCGGUUCCUACCCCGUUCGUCCCUUGAGAAACUGGUGACCGAGGCGUCUGUCACUGAUGCCUUAGAGCAAGAGCAAGAAAACAAUCCCAUGGACAUUCCGAAGCUAGUUGCUUUCAUUUGUGGCAAGCAUGGAGCGAAGAAAAUAUUCGCUAUUCUGGUGUGGACCGAGCAGGUCUCUUUGAUUAAAUGGUUCUACGAGAAUGGAGUUGUAGACGACAUGCUUCCGAUUUAUGAGGACCCAAAAGACUACGUCUACAAGACACUUGGAGGAAGACACUCCAACAAAGACGCCAUCAAAAGACUGAUUAAAACUUCCAGGUGGUCCGCCCAAAGGAUCGACGCCUUUUGCAAUCACGAUCAAUGGCAGUUUCUGGUUCCAGUAUUUCGCGAAAGCCAAUUCAAGUACUCUUUCGACAUACAGUGUCGAAUGCCAUUUCUUCGCAAGCAAACAGAUCCAAAGGACAGCCUUUUCAGUACUGUUGAACAGAUCUGCAUCCACAAAGCUCACUUGGAGCCAGGUUCGAAUACUCAUCUUUCGUUCGACAAGGAAGGUCACCCUUUAGUGGCGAUUAAAUCGUUGAAGGAUCUCAAUCGGAGCAACAUAGAUUUUCAGCGCGCGGCUGACACUGAAGCCGAAGUACUGCAAAUGAUCAGAGACCUGCGUCAUCCUCACCUCAUCCGAGCCAUUGCGUAUUACACUAGGGGCAAUCAACACUUCUUGGUGUUCCCAUGGGCGGCAGGUGGAAAUUUGCGUGAUUUCUGGCAGAAGGAUCCGCCUCGGAAACUUGAUGCAGAUUUCUUGGCCUGGGCCUUCACCCAGCUUUCUGGUCUGGCAUCGGCAAUGGAGAAACUUCACUCAUCAGACCGAAAUUGCCGGCAUGGAGAUCUUAAGCCCGAGAACAUUCUCUGUUUUGAGAACACCAAUCGUGCUGACGCCCUCGUACAGCCUUGGCUUGUCAUAGCAGACGUCGGACUUGCCAGAGACCACAAUCAAGCAACCGAAUUUCGAAUAGGAGCCACCAGCACAUUGAGCGGAACGGUCAUGUAUGAGGCACCAGAGGCUGUCAUACGCAAAGACAAGCCGCGAUCUCGUCGGUACGAUAUUUGGUCCAUUGGAUGUCUCUACUUUGAAUUUCUCAUCUGGAUGUUGUACGGAAAAGACCAGCUUUCUCGCUUUGGACAGGAUAUUACAUCCCCAGAUGGUUCGCGCAAGUUCUUCGAAGUCAUUGGACCUGGGACAGCAAGACUCAAACCACGAGUUCAGAAGUGGAUUGAAUGGAUCAGCGGAGAUCUGCGCUGCUCGGAGACCACAGCCGUCCACCGUCUUUUGCAGCUUAUCCGCCUCAGACUGCUCGUCGUUGACGUAGGCACGGUCAGAGCGUGGACGCCGGGAAGCGCUCGAACCCAAGGCAGAGCAACGAUUCGCGAGGCUGAUGAAGUUACCCCGGGCAUCAUUCGAACUUACACCAACACCGCCGACAUUACAGACGGAUCGGACAUGUCCUCUCGAGCCACUGCACUUGAAAUGGAUGAUACUCUAAAACUUAUCUUGGACGAUGCAACUAGCUCUCGGACGGAGACACAGUGGAUGAAUUGGCAAGCACGCUCACCAGGAGCACCGGGACAGUAUGGGAAUACAUUGGCGCCCUCCGAUUUAGGUAUCCACCGAAGGCCGGGACGUGGAUGA